AUGGAGCCCCUGUUCCCAGCCCCUGCGCCUGGCUGGAAUGCCUCCUCUGGGACCACCCCUGGGGAUGGUGGGAACGGGACACUGGUGGGGCUGGCGCCCUCAGCCGGUGCCCGUGCAGUGCUGGUGCCUGUGCUGUACCUGCUGGUGUGUGCCACGGGACUGGGCGGCAACGCGCUGGUCAUCUAUGUGGUGCUGCGACACGCCCGGAUGAAGACGGUCACCAAUAUCUACAUCCUGAACCUGGCGGUGGCCGACGUACUACUGCUGCUGGGGCUUCCCUUCCUGGCCACGCAGAAUGCCGCAUCCUUCUGGCCCUUCGGCCCUGUGCUGUGCCGCCUGGUCAUGACCCUGGACGGUAUCAACCAGUUCACCAGCAUCUUCUGCCUGACUGUCAUGAGCGUGGACCGCUAUCUGGCUGUGGUGCACCCACUGCGCUCUGCCCGCUGGCGCCGCCCGCACGUGGCCAAGCUGGCCAGCGCCACUGUGUGGGCCCUGGCACUGCUCAUGUCGCUGCCGCUGCUGGUGUUUGCCGAUGUGCAGGAGGGCUGGGGCACCUGUAACCUCAGUUGGCCAGAGCCCGUGGGCCGCUGGGCCGCCGCCUUCAUCAUCUACACAGCAGUGCUGGGCUUCCUGGCGCCUCUGCUAGUCAUCUGCCUGUGCUACCUGCUCAUCCUGGUCAAGGUGCGAGCCUCAGGUGUGCGCGUGGGCUGCAUGCGUCGGCGCUCGGAGCGCAAGGUGACGCGCAUGGUGGUGGUGGUGGUUCUGGUGUUUGUGGGCUGCUGGCUGCCCUUCUUCACGGUCAACAUCAUCAAUCUGGCUUUUGUGCUGCCCGAGGAGCCUGCCUCUGCUGGCCUCUACUUCUUUGUGGUCAUUCUGUCCUAUGCCAACAGCUGUGCCAACCCUGUGCUCUACGGCUUCCUCUCCAACAACUUUCGCCAGAGCUUCCGGAAGGUUCUGUGCCUCCGCAAGGCCAAAGGCACCGAAAAGGAUGCAGAGGCCACAGAGCUGCAGCUGGACAGGGGCGGGCAGCCGCAGGAGGCCACACCGCCCCCGUGCAACCCUGAGGCCAACGGGCUCAUGCAGACCAGCAAGCUGUGA